AUGGAAACAAACCACCGCAACACUAUUUGCACAUUCACAGAUAUUGAUAUCACUAAUUGGAACAAUAAUGAUCUUCCUCAUCAUGAUUAUGAUGAAAAUAAGAUCAUGGAAACAAAACAAGAAGAAGAUCAUAACAACCUCACUACUCUCAAUGAUAACCAAAUUCCUCUUAUGUCCUGGCCCAACCUUCAACAACAAAGACCAGCAAUACUCUCACCGUCAUCCUCAUCUUUUAGAACCUUCUUUAGUGACAUAAUAGGGAACCAAGUGCAAGAAGUCAAAGACGAAGAGGCUGAAGAAGAAUUAGGAGUGAUGAAGGAGAUGAUGUACAACAUCGCCGCUAUGCAACCGGUGGACAUCGACCCGGCUAGCGUUCGAAAGCCGAGGAGGCGAAACGUGCGCAUAAGCGACGACCCUCAGAGCGUGGCAGCGCGUCACAGAAGGGAGAGGAUCAGUGAGAGGAUCCGAAUCCUUCAGAGGUUAGUUCCAGGUGGCACCAAAAUGGACACCGCUUCCAUGCUCGACGAAGCCGUUCGAUAUGUUAAGUUCUUGAAGCGCCAAGUCAGGUUCCUCGAAUCAAAUCCAAAUCAACUACCACCUAAUUGGCCUUUUGCACCACUACUUACUAUUAAUAAUUUGCUUCACGCUCCUUCUGCUGCUGCCGCCACUUCCAUGCCACCGCCACCGCCGCCGCCGGGGCUACCCGGAUUUGGAACCCUAAGCAGCCAUGGCCAUCAUGAUUAG